AUGAUGCAGACUUGUUGUAUCCAUCAAUCGUUGAGCUUCCCUCACAGGAUUGUUCCAAGGUGUGAUACAUCCAUCGGUAUUAAGCCCUUGAAAGCUUGUAAAGUUGGGUUCAUCGGGAAAAAUCAGUCUUUGGGGAUCUCGAAUCUUAUACGGCAGAGAAGAUUAUACGUGAACUUGAAUGCUAAUGACGGUCACCCAUCAAUGUCUACGUUGGAGGAAACCUCCACUGAGAACAGCUCGCCGACGCCAGAAGCCGAGCUUCCCUUCAGCAAAUGGUCGCCGUCUAAGUACUUAUGGAGGGGUUUAUCAGUCCCAAUCAUAGCAGGACAAGUCGUUCUCCGGAUACUAAAAGGCAAGAUCCACUGGAGAAACACUCUUCAACAGCUCGAGAGAACCGGACCGAAAUCUCUAGGAGUUUGCCUUCUGACUUCAACAUUCGUUGGCAUGGCCUUCACAAUCCAGUUCGUUAGAGAAUUCACCAGACUUGGCCUUAACAGAUCCAUCGGAGGCGUCUUGGCUCUGGCCUUCUCUAGAGAGCUAAGUCCGGUCAUCACAUCGAUCGUUGUUGCCGGACGAAUGGGAAGCGCGUUUGCAGCGGAGCUAGGGACGAUGCAAGUCUCGGAGCAAACCGACACGCUCCGUGUUUUAGGAGCAGACCCAAUCGAUUAUCUGAUCACACCGAGAGUCAUCGCUUCGUGCCUUGCUCUACCGUUUCUGACCCUCAUGUGUUUCACUGUCGGGAUGGCUUCGAGUGCUCUGCUCUCUGACGCGGUCUACGGGAUUAGCAUCAACAUCAUCAUGGACUCGGCCCAUCGAGCGCUUAGACCAUGGGACAUUGUGAGCGCCAUGAUUAAAUCUCAGGUGUUUGGAGCUAUCAUAUCGGUGAUUAGCUGUUCUUGGGGAGUUACCACAACGGGAGGUGCUAAAGGUGUCGGAGAAUCUACAACUUCUGCAGUUGUCAUGUCUCUUGUCGGAAUCUUUAUUGCGGAUUUUGUGCUUUCUUCCUUCUUCUUUCAAGGUGCUGGAGAUUCUUUAAAGAACUGUGUGUGA